AUGCACACCCUUUCAGAACGAGGAAACUGCGCAUCACAGGUAAGGGCGGUACGGGAAAGACCGAAGCGCCGAUUGGUAGUGACAGUGUUUUGCUGGACAGUUAUCGCUGCAGAUGGUCUGUUGAAGCGCGAUGUCUUCAGGCUCCCAGACCCCUUUGCCAUUAUAACCGCAGACGCGGAACGCAUUCACACUACGAGGAGAAUCAAGGAAAAUCUCAGCCCGUAUUGGAAUGAAAGUGUCGACGUGCAACAUCUCCUCAGCAAUGUUACAGAGUCGUCUGUCAUUGCCGUUCAAGUAUUUGAUCAGAAAAAACUCAGAAGACGUGACCUAGGCUUCCUUGGCAUGGUGAACAUUUCCGUGCGGGAUUGCAUCGAUAUCCAUGACGAAGGGCGAGUAAUGCUCACCCUGGAACUCAAGAAAUCGAUCGACAAUCUGGCAGUACAAGGAAAGCUCAUCGUUCAGUUGUCCACAGACACGAGCGCACCCAUUAUAAACCCUGGAUCAUCUCGGACGACUGGGGGUCCCUUGGGCGCGUUGGAAAGCCUUAACCUGAACCCUUCUGUUCCUUCCACCUCCACAGUCGCGGUUGGGAACACCCGUCCCAUGGGUAAUACUCUCGAGGUUCCGUCUAACCCAGCACCAACAUCGAACUCUCCAGCAACCUCAACCAUUGACCCUCAAAACUCUGUUCGCAGUCGCCGUCCCAGCACGAGCACACCCCGAGCAACCAAUCCGACAGGUGUUCUAUCACCAGUCACGAACGCAACUGUCCCUGCCGCGACUACCCAAUCAGCAAAUGCUGUGCGAAGCUUCAAUCCUCGAGAAGAUCAACAUGGUCCUUUGCCCACUGGGUGGGAACGCCGAAUUGAUCACCUUGGUCGCACUUACUACGUCGAUCAUAACACGCGAAGUACGACAUGGAACAGACCUUCCAAUACCGAAGCGGCGAACACUCAAGCACAGCAAGACGCUGAUGAUGCUCGACUAGAUCAUAACCGUCGUAUUUUGGCGGAUGACCUUUUGGAAACCACCAACGAUCCACGCUCAGGAGUUCACACUCCUGUUGCGGAUGGUGCUGCCUCCGACACCGCCACAGAUGCAAAUCCUGUUCAGACAACUGCUGCAGGCGAGGCGCUGCCUGCUGGAUGGGAAGAAAGACGUACUCCUCAAGGUCGUCCUUACUACGUGGACCAUAGCACGCGAACCACGACAUGGAUCGAUCCUCGUCGGACGCCGGUCCAAAAUCUUAGACAAGAUGGAAACCAAGCCAUAGCGCAGCCUCAGUCUGCUUCCCACCUUGGCCCCUUGCCCUCUGGGUGGGAGAUGCGCCUUACUUCUAGUCAUCGUGUUUACUACGUUGACCAUAACACCAAGACGACGACCUGGGAUGAUCCCCGUCUGCCACAGUCGCUCGAUCAAAAUGUGCCACAGUAUAAGCGUGACUUCCGUCGCAAGCUUAUCUAUUUCCGCUCUCAACCUGUAAUGAAGACUCACCCCGGCAAAUGUGAGAUUAAGGUCCGACGAAACCUCAUCUUCGAGGACAGUUACGCGGAGAUUAUGCGUCAGACUCCAAGCGAUUUGAUGAAGCGCUUCAUGAUCAAUUUCGAAGGCGAAGAAGGUCUCGAUUACGGUGGUGUUUCCCGUGAAUUCUUCUUCUUGCUCUCGCAUGAGAUGUUCAACCCAUUCUACUGUUUAUUCGAGUACUCUGCAGCAGAUAACUACACACUCCAGAUCAACCCGGCUUCUGCAGUGAACCCCGAACAUCUGAACUAUUUCAAGUUUAUUGGAAGAGUCAUGGGCCUCGCCAUCUUUCAUCGUCGGUUCCUAGACGCCUACUUCAUCACCAGUUUCUACAAGAUGAUCCUGAAUAAGAAGAUCACCCUUGCUGACUUGGAAAGUGUUGAUGCCGAACUACAUCGCAGUAUGACUUGGAUUUGUACGGAGAACGACAUUACCGAUAUUAUCUUCGAAACUUUCACUAUGACAGAAGAUCGUUUCGGCGAAAUGGUGACGAUUGAUCUCAAGCCUAAUGGUGCUGGCAUCCCUGUGACAGAGGAAAACAAGAAAGAAUACGUCGAGACUAUCAUUGAGUAUCGUAUCGUUCGCCGUGUCCAAGGCCAGUUCCACGCCUUCAUGUCUGGUUUCGGCGAAUUUAUCCCUCAAGAGCUCAUCAAUGUGUUUGACGGGCGGGAACUUGAACUUCUCAUUGGAGGCAUGUCGGAUAUUGAUGUUGAGGAUUGGACAAAGUAUACGGAUUAUCGUGGCUACGAGCUGAACGAUGAAGUCAUUCAGUGGUUCUGGCAAAUUAUUCGAAGCUGGCCAACCGAGCGGAAGUCUCGCUUACUUCAGUUCGCUACUGGUACGUCGCGUAUCCCCUUCAACGGGUUCAAGGAUCUCCAAGGUUCAGAUGGUCCUCGACGGUUCACGAUCGAAAAAGCUGGAGACCCUAGCCAGUUGCCUAAGAGUCACACUUGUUUCAAUCGCAUUGAUUUGCCACCUUACAAGGAUUACAACACUUUGGAACAUAAGUUGACCCUUGCUGUGGAAGAGACUGUUGGUUUCGGGUUUGUCCUCCCUUUCCAAAUGACUAGACGGCAUCUGACGAUUGCAAUUUCACAGACAAGAAUAGAUGAAUUCAUAUAUUCGAGGAUGUGCAUCAGCAGAUCCUUGCCAGAAUUUCUGCAUUCCUAA